CCCCCACCCCCACCCCCCGGGGCGGGAGCACGUGCGCGGGGAGGCGGCGCGGGCCUGAGCGUCAGUGUGCAGCUGCUGGGCGAGCGCAGGGGCUGGGGCUUUGCGGGGACGGCCCCCGCGGUGCGCGCCAGAGUCCCUGCGCUGCAGUACUGCCCGAGUCCGGGCGGGGUCUCUGUUCCUUGGCGGAGCAGCUCGCGCGGCCGCGGGAAGCGCCCUCUCUUUCUCCGCCGCCGCCGCCGCGCGUCUGCGCCCUGCCGCCCGCCCGCGCCGCGCUCUGAGCCUUCCCCGCUCCACCGCCGCCACCGCCGCCGCUGCCGCGCGCCCGGCCCCGCGCCCACUCGCCGCGCGCCCACUCGCCGCGCGCCCGGCCCUCGGCGUCCCGCUGCCCGCGCCCGGCUCCCCGCGCCCACUCGCCCCGGCCAUGGCGGACAGCGCGAGCGAGAGCGACACGGACGCGGCGGGCGGCGGCCCGGCAGCCAUGCAGUCGUCCUGCUCGGCGACCUCGGGCGGCAGCGGCGGGGGCGGCGGCGGGAAGUCGGGGGGCAUUGUCAUCUCGCCGUUCCGCCUGGAGGAGCUCACCAACCGCCUGGCCUCGCUGCAGCAGGAGAACAAGGUGCUCAAGAUCGAGCUGGAGACCUACAAACUCAAGUGCAAGGCGCUGCAGGAGGAGAACCGCGACCUGCGCAAAGCCAGUGUGACCAUCCAAGCCAGGGCUGAGCAGGAAGAAGAAUUCAUCAGUAACACUUUAUUCAAGAAAAUCCAGGCCUUGCAGAAGGAGAAAGAAACCCUCGCCGUGAAUUACGAGAAGGAGGAGGAGUUUCUCACCAAUGAACUCUCCCGGAAACUGAUGCAGCUGCAGCAUGAGAAAGCCGAGCUAGAGCAGCACCUGGAACAGGAACAGGAGUUUCAGGUCAACAAGCUGAUGAAGAAGAUCAAGAAGCUGGAGAAUGACACCAUUUCCAAGCAACUCACCUUAGAGCAGUUGAGACGGGAGAAGAUUGACCUGGAAAACACACUGGAGCAGGAACAGGAGGCGCUGGUCAAUCGGCUGUGGAAGAGGAUGGAUAAGCUGGAAGCUGAGAAGAGAAUCCUACAGGAGAAAUUAGACCAGCCUGUGUCUGCCCCGCCAUCGCCUAGAGACAUCUCCAUGGAGAUCGAUUCUCCCGAGAACAUGAUGAGGCAUAUCAGGUUUUUAAAGAACGAAGUGGAAAGGCUGAAGAAGCAGCUGCGAGCAGCCCAGUUACAGCAUUCAGAGAAGAUGGCCCAGUACCUGGAGGAGGAGAGGCACAUGAGGGAAGAGAACCUACGCCUGCAGCGCAAGCUCCAGAGGGAGAUGGAGAGGAGGGAGGCUCUGUGUCGCCAGCUCUCCGAGAGCGAGUCCAGCCUGGAGAUGGAUGACGAGAGGUAUUUUAAUGAGAUGUCUGCGCAAGGAUUAAGACCUCGCACUGUGUCCAGCCCAAUCCCGUACACGCCUUCUCCCACUUCAAGCCGGCCUAUAUCACCUGGUCUUUCGUACGCAAGUCACACGGUUGGCUUCACGCCGCCCACGUCGUUGACUCGAGCUGGAAUGUCCUACUACAACUCUCCAGGCCUCCACGUUCAGCACAUGGGGGCCUCCCAUGGCAUCACGAGGCCAUCUCCACGGAGAAGCAGCAGCCCUGACAAGUUUAAACGGCCCACGCCACCUCCAUCUCCCAACACACAGAGCCCGGUCCAGCCGCCUCCGCCGCCGCCCCCGCCCCCCAUGCAGCCUGCGGUCACCUCGGCAGCCACCACGCAGCCCGCCCCCACGCAGCCGCAGCAUCCGGUGCACCCCUCCUCCCAGCCUUAAUGCAUGAGCUUACUCGGAAUUUCCAGUUGGGACUCGUCUGAUGGAGCCACCUUCUCAACGCCAAAGGCUUCUUCUCUCCCGACGACGUAUUUGGAUCUGCUGCGUUUGCACUGAGGUUACCUACCUUCCCCUCCUCAUCGUGCCGUGAAUGUUCGUCGGAACCGCAGCCGAGGUUGCGGGUCCGCAACACUAACCAGACGACUUUCUCCACCGGUGUUUUACUUGAAUCUCCGUGUCUGUCAUUCCCCGGCUGCAGCGUUGCUGUCUGGUAUCUGGUAACGAGCAGCAGUGUGCAAACCCUACCCCGCCCCCCGGGGGCCCCAGGGCUGCUUUUUUUUCUUGGCUUUUAGGUUUGUAAAAUAAGAAGGGAGAUCUUUUUUAUAACUAUUCUCUGUGAAUUUGCAGGAAAAUUACCGAGCUGUUUAGAAACCCUCCUUCUCCAGGUCAGUGACGUUUACCGAACAUACCAAGAGUUCAGCACUACAGUUCAGACCUUUUUUUUGCAGACCUAACUCACUGUAGGAUUGGAAGUUAGAUGAACCGGUGCCCACAACAUGUAGUCUAGAGCUUUCUACAGACACUUUUUACAGAUUGUUUUCUGAUGUAAAUUGACCACCACCGUGUCCCUUGCGAAAUGGCCUACGGAAACAAAUCACACAGCUGUCUCUCCCACGAGCGUGGGACGGGAAUCAUUGCCUAUUAAGAUGUGAUUUUUCUUUUCCUGUCUCCAUGUUAAUCCACCUAAACCGACACGAGUGGAUAGAUGCCUUCCCACUAACGGUCUCGACGGCUAACUGGAAUGUAGGCUUAGAUUCUCCGCUGCAGGGGCCGUGAGAUUGUAACAGAGCCAAUACGGCUAACCCUUCCCUUCUUUUGUGCUGUCCUGAGACAGGGUGCAAACAAGUACCUUCCAGGUGCAAAAUGCUGUGUAGCAACAGACAGACACCCUAGUGUGAUGGCUAAGGAAUACUUGGUAGGUCACAGAGUAGCAAGCAGUGGAGCGCUCCAGCUGUGACAGGCACUCACUUUGCCUGCUCUCAGCACCGAGGAGAAAGUUCUGACGAGAAAGUUCUGAUGGCGAUCUCUCGCCAUUCAUCCAGCACAAAUCCUUCACCGGGGUGGGGGUGGGUGGGGACACCCAGUGGUUCUUUUGUGACCUUUUGUCUCUGUCUGUCCGCAGUUACUUUGUGCUUUAGUAGUCAAGUGCUUCCCCUGCCUGUGUUUGCAUAUUUAUAUAUGCCGUGGAUGGAAAUAACUUACUAGAGAAUGUAUAUUUUAUGAUGAGAAGUGUCACUCUGUUGGAUAUAAUCAGAGAACUGAAAAAUUAAUUUAUCGGUAAUUUUUAAGAGUUCAUGUGUGUGACAAACCAUCUCUAACAGCAACUUCUCGUGGAACACACUCCCGAGUACAAGGAAUAAUACCCCUGGUGACAUUGUAGAUAAUUAAUAUUGUACAGUCUAGAAACCUCCAUUUUUGCCUUUGAAUGCAUAUUUAAGAGUUAACAGAAUGGAAAAGUGUUAUCAGAUAAUAGUGUUUGACCGCGUUUUAAGAACUUGAGAGUAAGAACAACCGUAAACUGAGAAUGCUAUCUUCUAGUGACCAGGAAGACACUGUUGGCCUAUUAAAGUUUUAUUUAUAAGUUGUGUGUGAUUACAGGCCAUAGUAUGGGUUAGCAGACAUGGGAUAGAGUCUGAUAUCUCCAGUCAAGGUUUUCAGUGUCUGACUAACCCAGGCAUUUCUAGCAGUUCCACGCCCCUCUUGGUACAUGACCAUUCCAGGGAAACUGAGGCUAGGCAGAAGAAUUCUUCCUUCACGGUACAGUCUUGAGGCUUUUUGGUUUUUGUUUUUGUUUUUUUUUUUUUUUUUCUUUUGAAAGAAAUACAGUAUGUGUUUACAAGAAUCUUUUCUGGGAUUGUAGAUUUCAGUACUGCUGGCAGCUUUAUCCUCCAGCACACAGGUCCGUUCUGGAAAGUUCUUCCCCCAGUGUCUAUCAAUUGAGUUACCUCCUAGAAGCACAAGUGUAAAAGCCCCGGGGUACGGCGAGCGGAGCCUUUGAGAAGUAGGUUCUUGACAUCAGACUUGUCCCGGAAAGUGUACUUUGGAUUCCUAUCAAGCCAUCCAUGAGUUCACCUCAAACCCAGCCCUUCCCGACAGCGCCUCUCAGUCGGAUUCAGUUACCGGUCCCUGCAGGUGUUAAGAACCAACAGAACAAACACUAGGAUCUGAACGUAGGGUGUUUUGUGUCACUCUUGAAGCACGUAGCAAUAGGUAAGAGAGCCAGAUGCUAAGCCCCCAGGGACGGGAGCCCUGUUACUGUGGGCUGGGCGUGGCUCGUACAGGUUCAGUUCCCUACUCUCACAGGCUAAGGCUAGAUUAAAAUCAGUAGCCAUCCUCAGCAGGUGAGAGCAACAGUAACCUUCAGUGGCUUCAUUUCCUGUCUUGUUGACAGAGACCCUCGGGUACCACUGUGCUGCUACUAGGGCCAGGGUUCUGCUCCCCGAUGACCUCGCCUCUGUACAGACCCAAGUCCACGCACCCGGCACCCCAGCACCUCUGAGCUCUGAACUGCUUUCUCUCGUCAAAGCACGCUGGCAUUCUAGACAGAAUUCUUGACCUUUGGCAGACAUGCAAGUGUUUGGUUUUCCUUAAGUGUCUUUGUUGACGGGAAGGGCGUUUCGAUUCUGAAAUCCUGAGACACCCACUUCAUGACCAUGGGAUGACCAGAAUGUGGCUUUGAUGGCUUGUGCUGCCGUGCCUUCGCCAUUGGCUUCUGAUUCAAACCAGAAAUAAUCGAUAAUGUGAAUUUGUGUUGAUCCUUCAGUUGUAGGAAAACAGUGUAUAACACCCCGACCCCACCCCCACCCCCGUUGUUAAGUAGAUGUGAACCCGCCCUGCGCAAGGCCCUGCCUGUAGAGGUUGCCCAGGGAGACAGGAGAAAGCCUGGCAGUGCGUGUUUCAGAAAGUUUAUUUUUAAAAAACACUGAAGGAAGUUUUUCUUUGUGACUUGAUCUUCUGUCUAGUUCUCGUCUAAUAGGUUAAACCAAUGCUUGAGAGCUCGUAGCGACGCCUACCAAAGACAUGCGUAGAAAACCUUCUGAGUAAUUUCCAAAUUAUUAAAGAGCCAGCCAUCGAUGCUGCUUCAUGGUUCUCAGGAGCCAUUGUGAGAGACUAAAAGAUACUUAAGGGUUUUUUUGUUUUGUUUUAAUUUCUCUCUUAUUUUUUUUAUUUUUCAUUUUUGAUAAAAAAAAAAUGUGUUAGCCUAAUGUGUUGGGGAGCAUUUCCCAGAAUGCUCAGCAGUUGUGAUUACCGGUCACGCCCAGGUCACCUCUUCCGGAGUGACCGAUGGGAUCCUCUGUGCUGUGCGUGCUAGCAUGGGUGCUGUGUGUGUGCACGUGUGCGUGUGUGCAUUCAUGCCUUAACUCGGGUCACUGGCUCAGCUCUGCUGUUGGACUUGGUCCUCACCAUCAUCAGAUUGUAUUGUGCAUCUCGAUCUGAACUUCAUUCUGGUAAAAACAAAAGCAACAAUGAGGUUGCAGGCAGCACAGGCUGGACCGCAUUCCUUUGGAAGAAUGUCCACUCAGAUGGACCCUGAGACGUCUCCACGGACUUUAUUUGGGACUUUGUUUGGAAAGAGAGCCGACCGUCAGUUGGGCCGGGCCGAUUGUCAACCAGGAAGAGGGGAGCGCCGACGCCAGCGUGCCCUCCGCCUCUGCCUGUCCGUGUGCCCCGUGCGUUCGGGUGGUUUGUCUACAGCUUCACUAGCUUGCAGUUCAGGUAACGGAGGCAAUCCCGACAUUAUCCGUUGGAGUUUAGAGAGAUGUUAAGACGUCCGGUUAAUGUCUUAUUUACUUUAUGUUGAUGAGUCUUUAAUACAUGUGCUGAAUCAGAAAAACCUAAAUAAAGAUAAUUUUUUAAAACGUA